AUGUCUGAAUCCCCCGACAACGACCGUCGCGAACGGCCGUUGCUUUUCUCUGCGGUAAUCCAAGCCAUCCCCGGUUCUACAAUCUCUAGGAAUCGCAAGUUGCGCCAUUUGCAAGGCCUCUCAGUCCGAAAUUUAUUCAUCACGGCGCCGAACCGGGCGCGUGGGAAGACCAUCGACGACGACGAUAUCGAUUAUUCUUCAAAAUCUCCAUCCAAGCUUGGAGCUCAGGCGGCCGAUCGAUCGGUGACUCAAUCCCGCUCGUACACUGACCUUAAGUCGUUAUCAUCAAACAAACAGUCUGUCAACGGUGGGCUAGACGGAAAUGACAAGAAGCCCCAGGAACCCCAGCGUAUCCGUCGAAGAAGUACUCUACCAUGGAGCGGAGGCAACCUAGAGUCUCGACAAUCGAAGCUAGAAGACAUUGCUCGGAGCAGAAUGGCUGACACGUGGUUUUCGAUUCACUGCGAUGGCAUCGACAGCCCUGUAUACGUCAGCGAAGUCGUUGAGAAAACAACGAAUCCGGCAUUCCGCGUGUUCGACCUCAAUGUAUGCGGACCUCAUAUUUCCAGAGUUGAUCAAGUCACUGUGAGACUGUGGGUCAAAUCGGAGCAUAUGAGUGACUACAUCUUGCUGCUCGAGCUUCAGUUGAGCCUCAAGUCCCUGCAAUUUGUUGGCAAGUCAUUGGAGACUUUUCACCAUCCACUUCCUACAAACUGCAUUUUGUUCCACUUUUCCGAUGGAAUCUUUACAAAUCUUACUGAUUUUCCUCCCGCUCAAAAUACUUCCACGGGCUCUAGGAAUGGCACAUUUCGGAUGAUCGAGCCCCAGAAUACCUCUUCUUACGAUGCUCUUAUGCGCUUAGCAAAUCUUGAUGAUUGCAUACAGGAUGCACUAGCAACUAGAGAAAGGCUGGAAUCUCAAAUCAGCGUUAUCCUGGAAAACCACCACAGAAGCUUGCACUUGCUUGGCCAAGUUCAACAGGCCGAAGAGAAGGCUUCUUUGAUUAAAAGAAGUAUUGCCAACGAGAAGAAGCAGGUCCGCUGGAGUGCUAAACGCAAGGAGGACUUGCUCUCUAGCAUCAAAGCUCGGAGGGAAGCCAUGGCUUCUGCCCGUGAGAGGCAGACCAGAACGCAGAGUCAUUUGCCUGACGCCCGGCUGAAAUUGACCUCUAGCGCCUCUUUGUUGGACAAGAACUAUGAAGAUACUAAAGGCCAAAUUCGCCGGAUUAGCGAGGACCUGUUGGACAUAUAUCCCAUUGAGCCUAUCUCAGACAAAGCAUUGGCUUUCACUAUUGCCGGGCUGCAUCUCCCCAACUCCAACUUUGAUGACAUUGACAGGGAGCUGGUAGCAGCGGCGCUUGGGUACGCCGGCCAUCUUGUCUACUUGCUCUCGUUCUAUCUUUCAGUUCCUCUGCCGUACCCUAUCCAACCAUAUAUGUCGAGCACCUUUAUUCAAGAUCCGGUCUCUUCUGCUCUACCACGGCGGACCUUCCCCUUGUACCCGGUCAAUGUUCAAUACCGCUUUGAGUAUGGCGUAUUUCUACUAAACAAGAACAUUGAGGUCCUUAUGAACCGGGUUGGCCUCCGAGUUCUCGAUAUUCGGCAUACCCUGCCUAACCUGAAAUAUCUACUCUACGUCCUGACAGCUAGAACGAAUGAGCUGCCUGCCAGGAAAGCCGGGGGCGUCCGGGGCCUCCUUCUGGGACGGGGCACACCGCUACUGUCCAGGCAGGGCAGUCAGGACAGCUUUGCAAGCGGCGAGACGGUGAUAUCCCGAGGCAUGCCGUCCGAAUCAUACCCAGCGAAGCACUCGCUCAUGGCCACUAUGACUCCUGAAACCUCGAAGAAUUUGAGAAGCGCAGUUUGA